AUGUCUCAAUCAUAUAGCAAUCAAAAUUUUCACAGCCAUCACAAUCAUCAUCAUCAUCAUCAUUAUUCAAAAAGUAAUUUCGCCAACCCAAAUGCUGUUUCAUCCAAUCUUAAUACAAUUAAUAAUGACCACAAUAAUAAAACUCAUGAUAAUAACUCAAGCAUAUCUUCAAAUAAAUUAAAUGCUGGUUCCAGACAGAGAUCUGCAUCUACUGCAACAUUACAACCAGAAGGUACCUUAUCAACAAAUGACCCAAAUUUAAUAAUGUCAAACUCUUCAAGUAUAUCUCCUGCUGGUGCUAUAGGAAAUGGAAAUGUAGAUGUGCCUCCAGAUAUGGUUGUAUUAUUACAAAAAUUAGAUCAAGAUUUUUUGAUCAAUAAAACAAUUGAUCAAUGGACUUAUAUCAAUCGAAGGGAAGAAAUUAUGCAAAUCAUCAAUAAAUUACAUCAAAAUCAAAAACAACAAGAACAUAUUGAUUUUUCAAAACUUGAACUACCGCUAAAUCCUCGUAAAUCUUUAAAUGAAUCCAUCAAUGACUCCUCCACUGACAAAUCCCUGAAAUCAUCAUCAUCUUCUUCUAGUGCUUCAUCACUUGCACCAACUAGCUCAAAGAGUUUAAUUGAGAUAUUAGCAAGUCGAGCCAAUAUAUAUAAAUCAAAUUUAGCUUUCAUGGUUUUAGAUUCGAAAGGUAAGGAAGUUAAUUCAAUUAGUUGGGAAAAGUUGUAUUUAAAAGCUAUCAAAGUUGCAUACGAAAUUUUACAUAAAUUAUCAAUGAAAAACAAUGAAACGGUUGUUUUACUAUACAAAGAUGGAGAGGUCACAGAAUUUGUUGUUGCGUUAUUUGGUUGCUUUAUGGCUGGUGUAACUGCAAUACCGAUUCAUCAAGAUAUUUCCUUAAAUGAAGUGUUGAAUAUCAUAAAUUUGACAUCAUCAAGGCUUUUAAUUUACUCAGAAACUGUUGCUAAAGAAUUAGAUAGACUAAAUGCUCAAAAUCAAAGAAUAACAUGGCCCUCAAAAUUAAAUCGAUGGAGAACAACAGAAUUUGGGUCUGCCAAAAAAUCAGAAAUUUCAUUUUGGAAUCUCAAAAACCAGAACCUGAAUAAAAAAACACCCUCAGAAAUUAACUCCAACACUGCAACAACUAAUAAUAGUUUAAAUACCAACUUAGCUUAUGUUGAAUUUUCCCGAUCGCCAGUUGGUGAGUUGAGAGGAAUAGCUUUAAGUCAUGGAACAAUAUCUCAUCAAAUGAAUUGUUUGAAUGUCGCUCUUCUGAGUUUGCCAGAAUCAGGAAGUGGAUUGCAAAGAAGUUACAAAGUAUAUGAGGGUAAUAAAAAAGUUGUUUUAGCGACAUUGGAUAUCAGGUUUUCCAUUGGUAUUAUAUUAGGGGUUCUAUUUACAGUUUAUUCCGGGAACGUUUUGAUAUGGGCUCCGCAGCGAGUGAUGGAAAUUCAAGGGCUAUAUGCUAAUAUCAUAUCAAAAUUUCGAGCAUCCUUAUUACUAGCUGAUUAUUUGGGUUUGAAACGAGUAACGUAUGAUUAUCAACAAUCACCAAGUGCAACUAGGUAUUUUUCGAAAACUACAAAAGUGGACUUUUCUUCAGUAAAAUGGGUAUUAGUUAACGCACUAACGAUAGAUGGUGAGUUUAUGGAAAUUUUAGCACAGAGAUAUUUAAGACCAUUAGGAUGUCAAUACCCCGAGAAUGCAAUUAUUCCAAUGCUAACAUUAAGUGAAUAUGGAGGAAUGGUUAUUUCAUUAAGAGAUUGGAUUGGUGGAAAAGAAAAAUUAGGAGUUUCCAUAGAUGAAGAAGAUUCAAAUUGUUUGUCUUCUGUAUUGAUUGAUAAAGAAGCCCUUUCUAGAAAUGUGGUCAAAAUAAUGGAAACGAAUCCUUCUACUUCAGACGAAAUUAGUCACGAUUUAUUAAGGGUAGAUGCAUUUGGUUAUCCUUUACCAGACGCCACCUUGGCAAUUGUUAAUCCAGAGCUGUCAACAUUAGUAAAUAGAGGAGAAUUAGGUGAAAUAUGGAUAGAUAGCCCAUGUUUAUCUGGUGGAUUUUAUGGUUUGCGAAAAGAAUCGAAGCUGAUAUUUCAUGCUAAAUGUAGGGGUCCAAAUGGGUUUUUGGAAAUGGAUUUUUUAAGAACAGGUUUAUUGGGUUUCACUUACAAAGGUAAAGUUUAUAUCUUAGGAUUAUACGAAGAUAGAAUUAGACAAAGAGUUAGCUGGAUUGAUCAAGCUUUAUAUCACAAACUUAAUCGAGAGUUAAUUAUUGGAUCAGGCUCUCGCUAUCAUUAUUCAUCACAUUUAUUGGCCACUUUGGCUAGUGAAGUUAAACAAAUAUAUGACUGCACAAUCUUUGAUAUUUUUAUUGGUAACGAAUAUUUACCUGUUGCCAUUGUUGAGGCCGAAGUUAUUAGAAAAACAAUAGAAGAUUCAAGCAAUAUUGAAGCCAAUAACGCUGGUGGUAGUAAUGGCUCCAACGUAAAUAAACUGAAAACAGGAGAAUUUGAUCAUAGUAAUGGAGUUCCUUUAAAUGAACCAGUAUUAAAUGCUAUUGCACAAAAAUGCUUUGAUACACUUUAUAAAAGGCAUUUUCUUAGACUUUAUUGUGUUUUAGUUGUUGAUUGUGAUACCUUACCCAAAAUUAUGAGAAGUGGUGGUAGAGAAAUUGCUAAUAUGUUGUGCAAAAAGAAGUUUUUAGAAGGAUCUUUACGUGCUGAUUUUGUUAAAUUUUUUAUUAGAAAAUCUAUAAGUAUGAUACCUUAUGGUGAAGAUGUUAUUGGUGGAAUAUGGUCACCUUAUGUUUCAGAAUUACGAAAUAAAGCUUUAGCUAACUUUCCAGAUCAAUACUCAACCAUCGAUUAUAGGGAUAAAUCAGUUGAUGAUAAAACAGGAGUGUCUUUGACUGAUUUUAAAUCAAUAGUUGAUAUUUUGAAAUUAAGGGUCGCAAAAAAUGGAGAUGGGGUUGCAAUUCAAAACGUUGAUUCCAAUGGAAAAACUAAACCACUAACUUGGAAAAAGUUUGAACAAAGGAUUUAUGCUGUUUGUCAAUAUUUGAUAGAAAAAACAAAUGUAAAAGCUGGUCAAUAUGUUAUUUUAAUGUAUUCACUUUCCGAAGAAUUUGUUAUUGCUGUAUAUGCAUGUUUAAUUUGUGGUAUCAUACCGAUACCAAUGUUACCCUUUGAUUCAAAUCGUAUUGGUGAGGAUUUUCCAGCUUUCGUUGGGGUGAUAAGAGAUUUUGAUGUGUCUGAAAUUUUGGUAAAUGAAGAAGUUGAAAAAUUUUUGAAAAGUGGUUCAAUUGCUGAUUCAUUGAAAAAAAUUAGUCAAAAGAGGGUAAAAUCAUUAAGAAUAAAAAAUACUUUUAAAAUAACUAAGGUUUCAAACCUAGCAUCUUUAAAUUCCAAAAUAUCUUCUUAUCAAGCGGCUGCAAAAUAUAGAGAUGAAAAUACAACAGCAAUGGUUUGGUUGAAUUUUACUUCAGAUCAUUAUAGAGUUGGUGCUACUUUGAGCAAUAAAACAAUCAUUGGCAUAUGUAAAGUAUUUAAAGAAACAUGUAAUUUGAAUUCGCAAUCAACUAUUGUUGGGUGUGUUCGUCAUGCUUCAGGUAUUGGUUUUGUUCAAACAUGUUUAUUGGGAGUCUUUUUAGGCACAACAACUUAUUUAAGUUCACCUGUUACAUAUGCUGAGAAUCCAUUAGCAUUUUUUUUAACAUUAGCUAGAUAUAAAGUUAAAGAUGUAUUUGUGACUGAACAAAUGUUAAAAUAUGCUGCAAUCAAAUUUACUCCCAAAGGGUUCAAUUUAUCAAAUUUGAAAAAUAUGAUGAUAAGUACUGAAAAUAGGGUUGAGAUUGAUUUGUUUAGAAAAAUUUCAAAGGUAUUUCAAUCUACCAAACUAAGUGCUGCAUCAAUGUCAACUGUUCAUAAUCAUUAUUUUAAUCCUAUCAUUUCAACUAGAUCUUAUAUGACUGUAGCUCCUGUUGAUUUAUAUUUGGACCCUAUUGCUUUGAGACAAGGAUUUGUGUCAGUGGUAAAUCAGUCACAAGUUCCUAAUGCCCUUCAUAUUCAAGACUCGGGAAUGGUUCCUGUUUGUACAGAAAUUGCAAUUGUUAAUCCAGAAACAAAAAAAAUUUGUAAAGAAGGUGAAUAUGGUGAAAUUUGGGUUUGUUCUGAAGCAAAUUUAACUUCGUUUACAAAUGGUCCAAAAGGUCCAGUCGAUAAUUUUAGUCAAACUCAAUUUACUGCUGUUAUAAAUGGAGGAAAUUCUAAUGUAACAUACUUAAGAACUGGUGAUUUAGGAUUCUUACAUCAUAUAUCAAUAACGAAAAAUUCAAACAAGGCAAACAAUCACCAAGAUAUCUCAUCUUUUCAACCUUUGUUUGUGCUUGGAAAAAUAGCUGAUACCUUUGAAGUUAUGGGUUUACAUCAUUUUCCAAUUGAUAUAGAAAACACCAUUGAAUCUUGUCACUCCGAUAUUUUCAAAAACGGUUCUUGUGUGUUUAGAUGUGCAGAUUAUACAAUUGUUGUUUGUGAAUCAAAACGUUCAAAGUAUUUUGCUUCAUUAGUCCCAUUAAUAGUUAAUACAGUAUUGAGUAAACAUCAUAUAGUGAUAGAUAUUGUUGCAUUUAUCAAAAAGGGUGAGUUUCCUAUUUCAAGACUUGGAACUAAACAAAGGGCUAGGAUUGUUGAUGCUUGGGUUCAAGGAGUAAUCCCUAUUAGUGCUGCAUACGGUGUCAAUUAUGGAGAAAAUAGCAUGAUUAAAUUAAUUAAAGAGAUUGACGUGGUAGCAAAAGAUGAAGAAGUUAUUGGUCUUAAAAAUCCGGCUUUAUCUUUUUAUGAUAGUGAGGUUGAUAUGUUUGACGUCGAUAAAAGACAAGCUCUAACAUUAAAUGAAUAG